AUGCAGCGAGAUGCCUCCGAAACCGCUCCGGUUACAUCUUCCACCAUUCCAACUACAUCUCGACCCGAGAAUCCCUCCUCCGUUCCUGGCACAGGCCCCGCCACUCAGAUCUUUGACAACAUUUGCACCUCGACUGGCCAACGUGAAGGAGGAGGGAGUUCGCAUCUAGACCCAGAGAGCCCUGUUGUACUGCUUCCUGGCGACGGGACCGACACAUACGAGCUCGCCGACUACGGCGAGAUCCAGGAAAGCAAAAAGGCACACGCCGUCGAGAAACGAAGGCAGGAGAAGCGAGACCGAAAGCGCCAGUGGAUUGAAACACAGGACGAGAUGAAGUUCUCUCAUAGCAUCCAGUUCAAUGCUGUUCCGGACUGGAGCAGCCACUACAUUGCCUACAGCAAUCUGAAGAAGCUUAUCUACCAGCUCGAGAAGAAUGCCCACCAGUCACGAGCAGGCGGCGACUCAGAAUCUCGGCCACUCAUCUCCAGCGAAGAACCGACAGAGGUAUUCAGCAGGGCGCUUGGCAUCGAGCUCGAGAAAAUAUGUUCCUUUUACGUUGCCAAGGAAGGAGAGCUGUUGGAUGAAGUCAACCAGCUGGUCCGAGACGUCAUGGAGAGGCCAUCAUUAGAGAGUCCUGACCUGCGGCGAAUGUCACUUGGCGAGUACAACCGUCCUCAUCUGCGACCAUUGAGCUCUACUGGUCUAGCCUCAGACGACGACAUGGACGACAGCGGAAGUGAUGAUGACGAGACGACUGGGUUGCACAAGCCGAAGAGUAGUAGUGGUCGGCGGAGGACUAUUGCCAACAUUGGCCAGCAUCAGGUUGAUUUGGCCGCGUCCUCGGAAUUUACCCGCUCUGUACGGAGGCACAGUACCGUCGAGGACUUUGGUGAUCAGUCAGUCAUGUUUGCUUCAGGCUUAUUCUCGUCCAGCAUCAUGUUGAAGAAGCGCAUCGUCAGCCUCUAUGUACAGCUGUGUGAGCUCAAGUCGUACGCCCAACUGAACAAGACUGGUUUCAGCAAAGUCCUGAAAAAAUUCGACAAGAUACUCGACAAGGAACUCAAGGGGCCAUUUAUGAGGGCCAACGUUGACACAGCGUACCCCUUCAAGAAUGAAACCAAGAAAAUCAUCGAAGAGAAUAUUGAAAAGAUGGAGGACGCUUACACUGAAGUUGUUACGGCUGGUGACCGAGAACUUGCUAAGAAGGACUUGCGGUCUCACCUGCGAGAACAUGUCGUGUGGGAACGUAAUACCGUGUGGAGAGACCUCAUCGGUAUUGAAAGGCGUGGCGAGGCGGCUAGAUUUGGCCAAUCUCUACUUGGCCAGGACCAGACCGCAGCGCAUAAACGCCUUCAAGGUGACGAUGAGGAGAUCGCGGCAGCGAAACAAUUCAGGACGCCUCUUGGUCGCCUCUCACUGCCUACUUGGCUAACUGACUCCUCCAUGCUCACUUUGCUGGGCUGCCUGGGUGCUUUUGCAGCACUCCUUGCCAUUCCCAUUAUGGAUAAGCCUGAGGAACAAAACUGCCUGGCCAUGUUGGUCUUUGUCAGUUUGCUAUGGGCAACCGAAACUAUUCCACUGUUCGUGACAUCGCUUCUCAUCCCUUUCUUAUCCGUUGUGCUCCAAGUCGUUUGCGACGAAAAUGGAUCCAAGCGCAAACGUCUGGGUGCUAAACAGGCUACGAACGCAAUCUUUGCUGCAAUGUGGAGUCCAGUCAUCAUGUUGCUUCUUGGUGGCUUCACACUUGCGGCUGCCCUCUCCAAGUGCAAGAUAGAUAAGCGUCUCGCAACACUCAUCCUUAGCAAGGCCGGCACGCAGCCACGGACAGUACUGGUGGCAAAUAUGUUUGUUGCUGCCUUUGCGUCGAUGCUGAUUAGCAAUGUUGCUGCCCCCGUUUUGUGCUAUUCCAUCAUCGAGCCUAUGUUGCGCACUCUACCGUCUGAUUCAGACAUGUCCAAGGCCGUCAUAAUUGGAAUCGCCCUUGCCUCCAAUAUUGGCGGCAUGCUGUCACCAAUUGCAUCGCCGCAGAAUGUAGUUGCUAUGGGCAUUAUGAAGCCGGAGCCGACGUGGUUGCAGUGGUUCUUCAUCGUCAUCCCUGUUGGUGCCGUCUCUAUUUUUUUUAUAUGGAUGCUAUUGCUUGUGACAUUCCAGCCAGGCAGGGGAACCGCCAUUGCGCCAAUUCGGCCGGUCAAGGAACGCUUCACUGGCGUCCAGUGGUUUGUAAGCGUCGUCACGAUUGUCACCAUCGCUUUGUGGUGUGCAAGUCAUCAGAUGGAUCAUAUUUUUGGCGAUAUGGGUGUAAUUGCCAUUAUCCCCAUUGUUCUUUUCUUCGGCAUCGGAAUCUUGACCAAGGAAGACUUCAACAACUUCCCCUGGACAAUCAUUAUCCUGGCUGCAGGAGGCUUGUCCCUUGGCAAGGCUGUUCGAUCAUCCGGCUUACUCCAUACCGUUGCAGAACUUGUUUCCAAAAAUGUCGAGGGCAUGAGUUUGUACGGCGUACUCGUCGUCUUUGCCUCACUAAUCUUGGUGAUUGCGACUUUCAUCAGCCACACUGUCGCAGCGCUGAUCUUCUUGCCCCUGGUAUUUGAUGUCGGCAUGUCGAUGGAUCAGCCUCACCCCAACCUAUUGGUUAUGGGUGGUGUAUUGAUGUGCAGUGCAGCCAUGGGACUUCCCACCAGCGGCUUCCCCAAUAUGACUGCUAUUAUGAAGGAGGAUGCCACAGGGCAAAGAUACCUCCGAGUCAGGCAUUUUAUCAGCAGAGGCAUUCCCAGCAGUAUUAUCACUCUCGCUGUUGUCAUUACUCUUGGCUAUGGCAUUAUGCAGGUUGCAGGAUUGGAUUAG